UUGUAAUGCUUGCUUUCCUUCUUCAAUCAUUAUCUGGUCAGGUUACUAAAGUCUCAUCGAGUACAUUCCAUGAACAGAUGACCUCUGAAACCAUUAUCAGUACUUUUUGUAAUAAAAUAUUGAUGACAGUAAUAAAUACUAGUAGGGCCGCGGACCGGGCGCAGAACACCCGCAUAGAAAACCUUUGAACUAAUAGACUUCAUUAAGCUGUUAAUUAGAACAUAUCACCUAUUAUAUAACUACUAUAUUUCUAAGAUCACUUUGCAUAAAAUCGUGUCUGAAACCAAUAACUUCAACGUUAUGAAUAUUUAUUGAGCAAAGUCUGAACAAAACAAUCUUGUUUGUUUUAAAACUUGAAAGUGAAUAAUCAAAUAUGAAAAGUGGAAAAAGAAUAGUUUUGUUCACAUUAUUCGCCGUAAACUUGGUGGACCAGCCAGCGCCCGAAGUGAAGAUCGAACAAGGAAUUUUGAGCGGUAAAGUCAGUGCAGAUGGGUCAUAUUUUGAAUACGUUGGAAUCCCUUACGCUUCCACUAAUAGCAGCACGAGGUUCAAGGCUCCCCUACCCCCUGUGUCAUGGAAGGGAGUGUACAAAGCAGUUGAUGAACAUUAUCAAUGUCCACAACCUUCUAUGUUAGGAGUAAUUGGAAUGGAAGAUUGCCUAAAAAUCAAUGUUUACGUACCAGUGAAAGCCAAAAGCCCCCUCCCUGUCAUGGUAUACAUUCAUGGUGGAACCUAUAUUAUUGGAAAUGGUGGGAAACUUCUAUAUGGACCUGAUUUUCUAAUCCAUCAAAAUGUAAUUCUAGUCACAUUUAACUAUAGACUUGGAGCGUUAGGAUUUAUUUGUCUAGGUAUUAAGGAAGCUCCUGGAAAUGCAGGAUUGAAGGAUCAAAUUGCUGCUCUAAGGUGGGUUAAGAAAAAUAUUGCUGCGUUUGGUGGAGAUCCUGACAAUGUCACUCUAUUUGGACUGAGUGCGGGAGCGACGUCUGUGUCAAUGUUAAUAGCUAGUAAUGCUACUAAGGGUUUGUUUAAAAGAGCAAUUUUACAAAGUGGCGUAUCUACCUCAAGCUGGGCACUUAAUCGACAGCCGUUGUUUACUGCUAGUCUUGUAGCUAAAGAACUUGGUUAUGACACUGAUGACCCGAAAACAAUGUAUGAAAUAUUCUCUAAAAUACCAUACAAAGAUUUGAUAGCCGCUAAGCCAAAGAAGCCAAUAGGGAAAUAUUUCGAUUUUCAAUUGAUACAUUAUCCAUGUGUUGAAAAGGUGAUUGAAGGCGAAGAAGCAGUUAUGACUGAUUUACCUUAUAAUUUAUUUAGUAAGAAUUCAAACAACAUAUCUGUGAUAUAUGGAACGACAAGCAAAGAAGGCGUUAUUCUAUUACCAGAAGAAACAGAAGAUACUUUAAGGGAAAGAGACUCAAAAUACAUAUUCUCACCCGACUUAAACUUUCCUUCAGAAGACGAAGCUGCAAAUCUAUCUAGUGCAGUAAAAGAAUAUUACUUUGGACCCAGAAACAUCAGUUUUAAAGCUCAAAAUGCUUUGCUAGAUCUCAACACACAUUUGUAUUUUGAAAUGCCCACAUUACUUGAAUCUGAGAUAGUAUUGAACAAAACCAGUGCUCCUAUUUAUAACUAUUACUUUAAUUAUUCUGGAGGAAGAAACUUUUUAAAGUACAUUACAGGUUACAGUGAUGAGCCAGGAGCCUGCCAUGGAGAUGAGCUUAUGUACCUCUUCAAAGGCAAUGCUUGGCCAUUUGCAAUCAGUAAAAAAGAUCAAACCAUGAUUAAUUGGAUGACGAGAUUAUGGACGAAUUUCGCUAGAUACGGUAACCCUACUCCUCCAACAAAUGAUUUGCCAAUUCAGUGGAGUCCGAGUACCAAAGAAAAUAUGACGUUUCUAUAUAUAGAGGAUGAGCUGAAGAUGGGUCCUGUCCCCAAUCCAGACCCUUACCGGCUGUGGAAGGAUAUCUACAGCAAGUACCGUAAUACUCACAUAGUAAAUGAUUUUAAAAGAUGAUACUGUUGUUUUAUUAAGGACUAUUAAACAAGGUUUGCAGUAAGAGCCAAUAACGUAAGAAACAAAUUAAUUCAUUGUAUUGUAUAAAACUGCCUCGGUGGUCGAAUGGUCGAAAGUGCGACUG